AGACGUAUCAUUAAAGAGAGUGCGAGUCAGUUCUUACUCUGAUAUAGAGCAGAGAAGAGGAGGCUCAUCAAUCUGAGUAUUAGGAAGCUGUUGUUUGAAGAUUAAUUCAUGGAGGCACCAAAACUAACAAAGCUAGGUGGUUCUUUGUUGGUACCUAGUGUUCAAGAAUUAGCCAAACAGUCACUUGCAGAAGUCCCAGCUCGAUACAUACGCACUGACCAGGACACUUUAGGUGAUAAUGUCACCGUUACGUCUAUGAUAGAUCAAUCAGUACCUGUGAUCGAUUUGCAGAAAGUACUGUCACCAGAACCCAUCAUUGGAGAGUUAGAACUGGAGAGGCUUCACUCUGCUUGCAAAGAAUGGGGUUUCUUUCAGGUGGUAAACCAUGGAGUCGAUAAUUUAUUGGUAGAGAAAGUGAAAUCAGAUAUCGAAGGUUUCUUCAAACUCCCAAUGGAUGAGAAAAAGAAAUUUUGGCAGGAAGAAGGAGAUAUAGAAGGAUUUGGACAAGCCUUUGUUCAUUCAGAAGACCAAAAACUUGAUUGGGCAGAUAUGUUUUACAUGCUCACUCUUCCCAAACAUAUGAGGAAGCUUAGGCUAUUUCCCAAACUCCCUCUACCUCUCAGGGAGACACUUGAAUCCUACUUAUCAGAGUUGAAUAAACUUAGCUUGGCUCUUAUCAAGUCUAUGGAGAAAGCUCUGCAAAUGAAGACUAACGUCAUGGCAGAGUUGUUUGAAGAUGGGAUACAACAAGUGAGAAUAAAUUAUUAUCCUCCUUGCCCUCAAACAGAACACGUCAUCGGCUUAACACCACAUUCAGAUCCUGGCGGUUUGACGAUCCUCCUUCAACUUAACGAAGUGCAUGGAUUACAGAUUAGAAAAGAAAAAAUAUGGGUUCCCAUUAAACCUCUACCGAAUGCCUUUGUAGUGAACCUUGGAGAUGCUUUCGAGAUUAUGAGUAAUGGGAUUUACCGUAGCGUGGAACACAGAGCAAUAGUAAACUCAACAAAGGAAAGGCUCUCAAUUGCAACAUUUAAUAACCCAAGAGCAGAUAGGGAAAUAGGUCCAAUACCUUCCAUGAUCACACCAGAGACGCCUGCCUUGUUCAGAACAACUGGGUAUGAGGAAUAUUUUAAGAAAUUCUUUUCUCGUAAACUCGAAGGCAAAUCAUUCCUUGACUCCCUUAGGAUAAGAGAAGGCGAUGAAGGAGCAAAAAUUGUUCAGGUUGACUAGCUGGAGUAAAAAUUGUUGAUGUUGUUGGUGGAUUUUGCUUCUGAAUUUGGUUAAUAACCAGUAAUCUGGAUUCAACCUAUAAUAGUUUGAUUAAUAAAGACUCCAACCAGUAAAAAGAUUCAACUCUAUAAAGGCUUUUGAAAAUAAUAGCAGCACGCUUCUAGAUUGACUACUGUGCAGACUAAAGAACGACUGCGUUGGGUCCCAAAACCAACCCUUGUAAUAAUGAUGAGGAAAAUAAAUACAACAUCUCUUCA